AUGUGGGCAGCCGCCCGCGCCACAGCGCGUCGGAGUGCUCUUGGAGCGCUGUCCAGCGUGGCCGAGCGCACCGCUUCGAAGGCCGUGGCCGAACAAGGCCGGAGCUUCUACUUCCCGAGGAAACUUUGGCUGCCUUGGCGUGUGCGCUUAGUCCGCGAAAGACAGGCCGCGCUGCGGCGGAAGCGGCACCUGUGGCCCCGGCGGAGGGACCCGGAGGAGGAACCCAUUUUCGGCGAUAAGGACCAGGACAUGGUCUCCUUCACUGAGAAGGAGAUCCGCAUGAGCUUUCGGAAGCUGUUGCAUUAUGCCAAGCUGAUGAAGCGGAAACAGAUCCAGGACGCCUAUGAGUGGGUCGAUUCGUUGUCGCGGAUGAAGUCGGAGCCCAUCCUGAAGCUUAUUCAAAAGGCGAUGGAUGAGGUGAAAGAGAAGCGCGGCUGGGACUUGGCGCGGACCUAUCUGUGGGACCCGCAGCCUGGCUUCGGGUUCUUCGUGAAGAGCCUGCGGAAGCACUCCCGCGGCCGCUACGGCAUCAUCCACAGCUGCAGGAAUCGCUUCACCAUUCGCUUGCGUCAGAUGCCCUUAGAGGUGGAGUUCGAAAGGGAGUGGUUCCACUGGCUCUACAUCUAUGGGAAGGUACCUAAGACGCUGUCGGGUGACAUGCGCCUGGCGCUGGCACAGAAACGCGUCAGUCCGCAAAUGCAGAGGGAAUGGGCGCCCUACCUUUGCAGCCGGAGCCGUUUUUGGCACCGCCAGGAACUCAAGUGGCUCGAUUCCACACGGCAGUUCGACUAUUACAAGGCGCGUCAAGAGUUCAUUGACCAAUACAAGGCGAACCUGCUGAGAGAGUCCACUGAGGCACGGGACCGACAGACCGACGUGCUCGGCUCGGUGGCACGGCGGUUUUCGCAGGUGAACUGGAUGGCCAAGGCAGAACACGAGUACAUCCCCAACUUUAAGGUGCUGCAAGCGGCCUUCGACCGUCUGGACAUCGCGCGGAACAUCCCCGUGGACCAGCUGAUCCGGGGCAAGUACCAGGACAAUCUGGAGUUUCUGCAAUGGUUGAAGUGCUACUGGGAGAAGGAGGGCGGCGCCGGACACCGCGACUACGACGCGGUCUCCGUGCGACAGGACAAGACACUGCCUCAAUGGGCGAAGCCCUUGGGCCUUUUCCGCCCGAGGGCUGCAGUUCCGCGCGUGGAGCGGCGAGGUGAGAAGGAGAAUCAGAAGCCACGCAUGCCCAAGGAUGAGGCGCAACGGAACCGGGUGCCGGGCGCCAGGAAGUUCGCGGCCAGAGCAGCCAAGAGGGUGAAGAAGAGGGGGAAAGACACCUCCUCGGGCACCAGUUCAGACACUAAGAGCGAGGACAGCAGCGAGAAGAGCGUGGAGCUGUUUGGCGAGGAGCAGAAGAUUCGCAAAAUGGGGCGAGCAGCGCCAGGAGCUUUGACCUGUGCCGCCUUCCGCGACAUCCAGCACUCCCUUUUGACAGGGACGGGGGGAGUGUGGAACCCCGAAGAAGGGGUUAUCCCACCGAUAGCCCGCCAAUACUAUCGCUAG